AAGACAAAGCCCACUUCAAUUUCUCACAGCAUCUCCACUUCUCUCUUAUCCUGCGCACCCUCACCCUUUCCGUCUUAUCCUGCGCACCCUCCCCGCCAUGGCGCUCUCUCUCCAAUUAUGCCGCUUCUCCCCGCGACCCGACAUUUCGAUCCCCGAAACUCCUACCCGAACCCGCUCCCUCUGCCCGAAACGCCUUUCUCUCCGCUGCAGCGGCAGCAGCAGCACCGAAUCGUCCGUCGAGUCGGAUUUCGACGCAAAGGUUUUCAGAAAAAACCUCACUCGGAGCGCGAAUUACAACCGCAGAGGAUUCGGCCACAAGGAAGAAACUCUACAACUCAUGAACCAAGAAUACACAAGCGAUGUGGUAAAGACGUUGAAAGAGAACGGAAACGUGUACACGUGGGGGGAUGUGACGGUGAGAUUGGCGGAGUCGUACGGAUUCUGCUGGGGAGUGGAACGAGCGGUUCAGAUCGCGUAUGAGGCGAGGAAGCAGUUCCCGGUGGAGAAGAUUUGGAUUACAAAUGAAAUUAUUCACAAUCCGACAGUCAAUAAGAGGUUGGAGGAGAUGGACGUCAAGAAUAUUCCUAUAGAGGACGGGAAGAAACAAUUUGGUGUUGUUGAGAAGGGUGAUGUGGUGAUUUUGCCUGCUUUUGGAGCUGCUGUGGAAGAGAUGCUGGCAUUGAGCGAAAAGAAUGUACAAAUAGUCGACACAACUUGCCCAUGGGUAUCAAAGGUCUGGAAUUCUGUUGAAAAGCACAAGAAGGGGGAGUACACUUCCAUCAUUCAUGGUAAAUAUUCUCAUGAGGAGACUAUUGCAACCGCAUCUUUUGCAGGGAAGUAUAUUAUUGUGAAGAACAUGGGAGAGGCAAUGUAUGUAUGUGAUUACAUUCUUGGAGGCAAACUUGAUGGAUCUAGCUCAACAAAAGAGGAGUUUAUGAAGAAAUUCAAAAAUGCUGUUUCUCCAGGAUUCAAUCCAGACACUGAUUUGCUAAAAGUGGGCAUUGCGAACCAAACUACGAUGCUCAAGGGAGAAACUGAGGAGAUUGGGAAAUUGGCUGAGAAGACUAUGAUGAGCAAGUAUGGAAUAGAGAAUAUUAAUGAGCACUUCCAAAGCUUCAAUACAAUUUGUGAUGCCACUCAGGAGCGACAAGAUGCAAUGUAUAAGCUGGUGGAGGAUAAACUCGAUCUGAUUUUAGUGGUUGGUGGGUGGAACUCCAGCAAUACCUCACAUCUUCAAGAGAUUGCAGAGCUCGAAGGAAUUCCGUCUUAUUGGAUUGACAGCGAGCAGCGAGUAGGACCAGGCAACAGAAUAAGCUAUAAGUUGAAUCACGGAGAGCUGGUUGAGAAAGAAAACUUUCUACCAGAGGGUCCUAUUACAAUAGGUAUAACUUCAGGCGCAUCUACUCCAGAUAAGGUUGUCGAGGAUGUCCUCAUCAAGGUGUUCGACAUCAAACGCGAAGAAUCCUUGCAGUUAGCAUAGCUUCAACCCACAAAGAAACUUCAACGGUCUCUACACCUUAUGGAGUGCUGUUCUACAGCUUUCUAGAGUGCUGUUUGUGGGUAAUGCGCCAUAUAAGAAUAUUACCUGUAAAUGUCUGGAUUUUUUCUUUUCUUUUCAGAACGGUGCUAUAGCUUAUAUGAUUUGUUGUUUGUACCUAUAGAGAUCAAAUUUCAGUUUGGUUUAACUGAAGGAAGGUAUAUCAGCUCCUAAAGACAAAAAAGAAUAAAAUCUCAAUGAGUAGAUAUGUUUCUA